AACUUUCUGAGCUUCACGUGAUCUAAAAGCUUGCAAUGAUUGGAUGGGCGCUAACUUUGAAUUAGAAAAUAUUUUUACUGACUGCCACCAACGCUACCACUGUUCGCUUUGCAAAUAAUUCUUUGUUUUCUUAAAACUUUUAUUUAUUAAUUAAAAUAAUUGUCAUCAUUAAAUAAGAUAAACACUUUUUGUCAAUAUGAGGAAAGGGGAGAAGAACCAAGAAGUAUCGAAAAUACAAGUUUUUGCUCGUUGCAGGCCACUAAAUGGUAUAGAGCGGAAACAAGAUUCAUUCUCUGUUGUAGAUGUUAUUCAAAAAGAAAAGAAGGUUGUUGUGAGGGACAGGAAUAAAGAAUUUACUUUUGACAAAGUCUUUCCUCCAGAUGUUAAGCAGAUUGAUGUCUAUAAAUCUGUCGCUGCACCUUUAAUUCAGGAAGUUUUAAAAGGUUUCAACUGUACAAUUUUAGCUUAUGGUCAAACAGGGACAGGUAAAACCUAUACAAUGGAGGGUGAAAGAAGAAAUAAUGCUAAAUAUUCUUGGGAGGAUGACCCGGAGGCUGGAUUAAUACCACGAUCUUUACAUCAACUGUUUGAAGAACUAAAUCAGGAGGAUAAUGUGGAAUUUGCUGUAAGAGUAUCUUUUUUGGAAUUAUACAACGAAGAACUUAUUGAUUUAUUAAGUUCUAAAGAUCUUAUCAAACUUCGCAUCUAUGAAAAUACAUCCAAAAAGGGAUCAGUUCAUAUUGAUGGACUUGAAGAAGUUGUGGUGAACAGUAAAGAUGAAGUUUAUGCAAUAUUGGAAAAGGGUACUGCUCGCAGACAAACAGCUGCAACUCUAUUGAAUGCUUCUUCAAGUCGUAGUCACACUGUAUUUUCUGUUACUGUACAUAUUAAAGAGAACACUGUCGAUGGAGAAGAGCUUGUUAAAACGGGAAAAUUAAACUUGGUGGAUCUUGCAGGAAGUGAAUGUGUUGGUCGGUCUGGCUGUAUAAACCAGAGGUUUCGGGAAGCAAGUAACAUAAAUAUGAGCCUCUUGACGUUAGGAAGAGUAAUUACAGCUUUAAUAGAAAAUCAGCCUCAUGUUCCAUACAGGGAAAGCAAGUUGACAAGACUGUUGCAAGACUCAUUGGGAGGCCAUACAAAGACAUCAUUCAUUGCAACUAUAUCCCCCGCUCAGUGUAAUUUGGAGGAGACACUCUCAACAUUGGAUUAUGCUACUAAAGCUAAGAACAUAACAAACAAGCCUGUUCUCAAUGAAAAAAGGACUAUACGAGCACACAUACGUGAAUUAACGGAGGAAAUUGAACGCUUACGAAAAGAACUUCUUGCUACUCGAAAUGGAGAAGGAUAUUAUGUUGAUGCUCUGAAUUAUGAACAAAUGGAAAAGCAAAUAGCUGAAACACAGAAUAAAAUAAAAGUAAAGGAAGAGGAAUUAGAAGCUUUGAAACAACAAAAUGUUGAAAUUGAACUAUUGCUUACACAAAUAAAGGAGGAACUUCAUAAAAAGACCAAACAGCAUGAAGAAACAGUUUCAAAGUUAACAGAUACUUUAUGUCACACUGAAAAGGUGCUGUCGAAAACAGCUUUAGAAAGAGAUGAAAAGAACUAUCUUCUGAAUAUUCACCAUCAUAAAGAAAAGCAAUUAGUUGUACAAAAUCAGGAGCUGCAUCAUGUGGUAGACGAAAGCACUUGUGACGUAAAUAAACUUCACAUGAAGGUGGAACGAAAACAAAAAGUGGAAAUAAGUAAUGAAGAACGCCUCAAGCAAUUUCAGCAAGUAUCUCACAAGCAGUUUGCUAACUUAGAUGACAUGGUUAAUAGUUUAAAACAGAAACAGGAAACUAAAUUUGGAAACUUACAAGAAAGUUUAGAUGGUAUUUCGUCUGACAUUAAGAGCUCAUUUCAACAAGCUACAGAUAUUUUUCAUAGAGUUGACUCAAACGUAAGAAGUUCAUUAAAUGACUUUUCUUCAGUGUUAAACAAUGAGGCUGUAGAACAACAGAAAAUUUCAAAUUCACUAUUAGAGAAUUUGAAUUCCAAAAAGAAUACUCUUAAGGCUGAGCAAGAUCUGUUUUGUUCUGAAAACAUUCCAACAUUUGCUGAAAAGUUUUCUGGUAUGAUGGUAGAGAUGAAAAGUUGGUUCCUUACUAACCAUUAUCACAUGAGUCAAAAGAUUGAAAAUUUUCAUAAACAAAUGAAGGACCAUAAAGAAGAAGGCAGUAAAUUUAUGAAUGAUGUUAUAUCAACAAUAGACACCAUUAGAGAGAGUCAUAACAAUGAAUUAGCUGCUUUAGAGGAACAAAUAAAUAUCCUUUCUUCCAGACAGUCGCAAACAGAAAAAUUGACUAAGAUUUGUGAACUUAGCAAAUUAAUUUGCGAACUUACUUCUGAUGUUUCCAAAGAUCUAUCUCUUCAAAAAGAAAUGAACUCUUCAAUUAUGACCAGGCAUCAAAACCAUAAAUUGAAUCUUGAAUCUGAUUUAAUUGCCACUAAAAAAUCAUUACAAAAACAUCUUGACACUUUAGAACCAGAAAAUGCUUCCAGUUUAGGUGCUUUAGAUGAGAUUGCUACCACAAUUAAAACUAAUGAGUUUACUUCACGAUUAGAUACAGUGGUCAGUUACUGUGAUUCUGAGAUAUCCGAAGUCGCAACAUUCAUAAAAAAUAACCAACAGAAACAAGAAUCAAGCUUUGAGAUGAUAAAAGAUGAAGUUGUAGCUAAUGAAAUAAUUACUCAGAGUAAUUAUGAAUCAAGGAAAACCAAUCUAAAGGAAAUUCAAGAUUCUGUGAGUGAUGCUAUAAAGUGUGACAUUUUGCACCUGGAUGAUCACAAAGUAAAUAUACUUAAGAAAAUGUCUGGAGCAGAAACUAUCAUCAAUGCUUCUAGGCAGAAUUUACAAGAUGAUAGUCAAAAAGUGAGCAAAGAAAUACUCCAGAGAGAUUUGGCAAUUGAAAAAUUCAUCACUGAAGAUUUAGAAAAAGAUAUUCCUACAGGCACUACUCCACAAAGGAAGGAAUACUAUUAUUCUAAGGAUUUAAUUACUCUUUCCCCUGAUGACGAGAAACUGCGCAUUUUACGCAAAUUCCGAGAUGAGCACACGAAUAAGGCUGUGAACUUACCGAUGGACUGUAGUUUCGAUGAAAGCGAUGAGGUUAGAAGUCCUUUCAACCUAGCUUUUCCUGAAGUAAUCACUACUGAAUCAGCAUUGAAUGAUGGUGAUGAAUAUUCUACUGACUGUGACACUUUAUCCAAUGCUUCUUCAAUGUCUGAUUUGAGUGUUACUGGUUUGAAAAAUAAAGAAAAUGUCAAGACCUUUCCAAAGCCUUCGCUUAAAAGGCCUAAAGUGAAAAAGACCAAAAAAAUGUUGAAGGAAUCCUCAAUACCUACACCCACUCAACGAAAACCUUUGUCAACAAGUAAUCCAUCUCUGUUUACCUGAAAGAUUGACUGUACAAAUUCAUUUUCUUAUUGUGCAAAGUAUCAUAUUUAUAUUUCGUGUGUAUGUAUAUUUUUGUAAUCUGUUUGUCAAAUGUUUGGUAAGGAAUGAUAACAUUGAUUGCUUGUAUGCCAGCACUAAUUGUUGUUAGCUUUCUUUCAUUUAGGCGUAUUUAGAUUCGUUUUAUAAUCCAAAUAAAUGUUAUUAUAUUUCAAUUAUAAAAUUAAAUUAAAAAUACUUAAAUGAAAGAAAGUUGUAAAUUAAAAAAAAUAUCAAUAAUAAAUAUGUAAAAUAUAAUUAUUAGCGUCGUCACAGUUAUAAUUUCUUAAUAAAUUUUCCAUUUUAAUGUUUUUACUUUUUUAAAAAUGAAGUAAGGAAGUAAUGUUAUUUUAACAUAUUAAUAUAAUAAUACCCUUGUGAUUGUUUUUUUUUAAUCAUUACUGUUUUUGAAAAUGCUGACUUUUUAAAAACUGCUGAACCAUGUAUUGUGAAAGCAAUUUUAUAAUAAAUUUUACUUUUGGUAUGA